CAGGACCCAUCAUUCGGCACUCUCUCAGUCGCUCCGACUCAGGAACCAGAGCAUCAGCGGAGAUAGCAAGGAAUCAGUGGCUAAACUCCUUAGGCUAACUCGCUCUCGGCUUUGGUUCGGAAUGGAAACAUCAACUUUUACGCGGAGCCAACGCUCCUUUGCGCACAACUUUAAGAGCGCGCUCUCGCUCUGGCUGGUGGUCUGGCUGGUCGUGGUAAAACCCGUGCCUGCGCAGAACUGCCCUCACCGGUGUGUGUGUUACCCGACCCCCAUGACUGUGAGCUGCCAGGCGCAGAACUUCACCAUUGUUCCCCACGGCAUGCCCUUAGAAUCCCAGCGCGUUUUUCUGCAGAACAACCGCAUCACUGAACUGAGAGUGGGGUCUUUUGCUUUUGGCACACAGGUUUUGUGGCUUUUCUCCAACAACAUCACCUGGAUUGAGGCUGGUGCAUUCAGCGAGCUGCGCGAUCUGGAGGAGCUCGAUCUGGGUGACAAUCCUCACCUGCACCGCCUUGAGGGCGGAGCUUUCCGUGGCCUGGAGAAGCUUCAGAGCCUCCACAUGCACCGCUGCCGGCUAGCCGCCCUUCCCCAUGACAUCUUCCACAAGCUCUACAGCCUGCAGUUCCUCUACCUGCAGGAAAACCAGCUCCACUUCAUCCAGGACGAUCUCUUCUCCGACUUGAUCAACCUCAGCCAGCUCUUCCUGCACGGCAACCGCAUUCGCACUCUGUCCGAGAACGUGUUCCAUGGCCUGGUCAACCUCGAUCGCCUGCUACUGCACGACAACAGGGUCCGUCAGGUCAAUCGCCGCGCCUUCCGCGACCUGGGCCGGCUGACCAUGCUCUUUCUCUUCAACAACUCCCUGGCAGAGCUGCCCGGUCAGGCCAUGCGCGACAUCUCCUCCAUCGAGUUCUUGCGGCUGAACAACAACCCCUGGGCAUGCGGCUGCGAGGCUCGUCCCCUGUGGGAGUUCUUCAGAGGUGCCCGUCUGUCCAGCUCAGAGGUUCUGUGCGCUUCCCCAGCUCCUCGUCGUGGACAGGACCUGCGCUUCCUGAGGGAGAUGGACUUCGCCCUGUGCCCCUUACCCGACCCCGGCUCCCUCGCUGGCUCCACCACCACCACCUUCAGCACCAAGACCCGCUGGUGGUUCUCCAAGAACAAGCCCGUCAGCACCUCGAAGGGUAUCUAUGAGAAAAGCUCAGAGACCAGGGCGUACCCCUUAAAUGGAGGAAAAUCCCAACUUCCCUCUAUCACAUCUACAUCCACAAAGUACGAGCUCGGGGAGGAAGAGGCUCUGCUUCCCAAGCUUGACCCGGAAGAGUACUGGGCCAACUACGGCAAUGAAGAUGCGGGCAUCACCUCCCUCCGCUGCUUCGAGCUUGAGUGCCCUCCCGAAUUUGACUCUCUGCCACCAUCUUCCUCUUCUUCUCGCUCCUCGUCUUCUGUUCUCUUGCUACUCUCUAUGUCUGUUUUGACUGUCUGCAUCCAUCUUCUGUUUGGCUGAAUAUGUCAGAAGAACCCUCUUCCCCUUCAUUUUUUCUCCUCUCUGGAGGAGGGAAAAUCACGUUUGCUCGAUUUAACUCUUCAAUGCCUUGAUUCCUGUUUACCAUCAACCUCACCUGUAUCUUUGUUCUGUUCAGUUUGAGCCUCUAGUUCCUGGUAUCUAGAGGGCACUACACUGAUUUAGGAUACAGUGGGUCAGCAGGGAACGUUGGGCAGUACAGGGCCUUAAUGGAAAGUAAUGAAAACUGUUCACAGGGCUUGGCUAGUUAAGCAGAUACUCGGUCCUUCUUUUUUUAAGGACAAGUGUAUUCUAAGCCAUUUCUGUCACAGUCAGUGCAGACAGAGGAUAGAAAUUUCCAUCUUAUGUUUACGUACAAUAUUUGUAUGCUUUUAGACUUUUCAGCCACUCUAAGUGCUUCUAUGAUAGUUGUAAUUAUCGCCUGUGAUGUCACCAUGACACCCUCUUUCCAAUAAACGCUACAGCUCGAUUUUUUUCAGUAGUUACUGGUAACAAUAGAAUAAUGAGCAAAUCUUUUUAUUCCCCUUGGGAGUGAUCGAAUGUAAUAUUUCCUCUAUUAUAACAGAAGGGUCUCAAAACCAUUCAGGGCUUGAAAGGCACAAAGGAACGCCGUGCAGCAACAAAGCAAGAUAGACGAAGCAUACUGGAGUGAGGAGUUUGAAAGUGUUACAACACAGCUAAAUCAAGAUGAGAGAGAGAAAGCACGCGCAAGAGAAAGAGAGACAGAGAGUACGCACAAGAGAAGGCGAGAGAUUUCAUUACAUCACCAACUAGCUAUGACAGCAAUUAUCACUUGUGUAAAUAUGACAUGUUGGCAGAGGGAGCUGUAAAUAGCGCUAUGAAAGGCCUUAUGUUUGUCACUGUUCUGAAUGGCCAAGGAUGCCACUGUGAGUAAUGUCUGUGAUAUUAUUGCAAUGGUCAGUGCAUGGAAAGAUCAAUGGUACGAGAAUGUGCGAAUGUUUUUUAUUUUUGUCAAAAUACUGUUAACAUGUUAUUACUGUAAAAUACACAACCUACAUUGUUACAAGACUUUUGCUCUUUUAUUGUUCUGUUCAAAUCUGGAUAACAGCAAAUUCCAUCCUUUUUCAUUUGAAGUGUUGAUUUAAAACUAAACCAAUCAAUCAACAGCUUGCAGCUAGUCAAAAAAAAAAAAAAAGAAUUAGCAAAAUGCUAAUGCUAAAACUAAGACUGAAUCCAAGACGAGGCAGUAUAUUGAGGACACUGUGGAAAGAUGUGUUUCUUAAUGGGAAUUGACUACUUGGGCCAAAGCCAAUUGGAAUAUCAGUAAAAUGCGCUAACUGACAGAUUGGUCGGCAUUCAGAGUUAUGUCUACCAUUGGUCACUGUUGUGAUGAGAGUAGGUGCAAAAACAGACUGUUUGGGCUGCUCAUUGUGGGCAUGCUGAAGACAAUGGCUUUAUUUGCUGUUCCUCACUUAUUCCCUUUUUCAAACUGCAAUAAAGAAUCGAAAGGCUUAAGGGAGAGAGCAAGGACAAGAGGAGAGAGAAAAGGAAAAGGAGAGAAAAA